AUGGAAUCUAAAACCAUCUGCAACCUGUUCAACAAGGACAUCACCGGCUACAUCAGUCGCCCCGGAGAUAUUAUUAUAGGGGGUAUUAUUCCGGUUCAUUUUAAUACAGUCUACAAAAAACUUAAUUUCACCAGCAAACCCCAGGAGCUGCAAUGUCAGAUGGUUGCUGAUGAGUAUUACAUGAGCCUGCAGGCCCUAUUAUUUACUGUGGAGAGGAUAAAUGCAGACCCUAAGCUCCUUCCCAACAUUACACUGGGCUUCCAUAUUUAUGACACAUGCAGAACAUUACAGCGAGCAGCACAGGGAACCCUAUUAAUGCUUUCAGGAGGAAAGGAAAUCAUCCCAAAUUACCAGUGUCACACAGUAUCACCCUUUGCCGGUGUCAUUGGUGAUUCUACAACCAGACGAUCCAUUCUUAUUGCACAAAUCUUGGGACUCUACCGAUACCCACAAGUCAGUUAUUUUGCAACCAGCCCUAUUCUAAGUGACAGGAACUUGUUUCCUUCCUUUUUCCGCACCAUACCUAGUGAUGAGUUUCAAAUGAAAGGUCUGGCCCAGUUGGUUUCUCAUUUUGGUUGGCCUUGGUUGGGCUUCCUGGCCACUGAUGAUGAGUAUGGUCAGUUUGGACUGCAGAUAAUAAAACAGGAGAUUGUGAAGGCUGGAGCUUGUGUUGCCUUUGCUGAGUACAUACUGACCAGUAAGCCUGACAGGAAUGCUCCUCAUCUCAUAGAAGUGAUAAAAAUGUCAACUGCAAAGGUUGUGGUUGUGAUAUCAACCAGUACAGACUUUGCAAUUGUGCUGGAAGAGAUGCUGAAGCAGAACUUGACGGGGAACACGUGGAUAGGCAGUGAAGGUUGGUCAACAUCAGAUUUGCUUUCCAAUAAGAGGUUCCAAGGGAUUUUGACAGGUACUAUUGGUUUUGCCAUACACCAAGGGCAGAUGCCGCAGUUCAGUGAGCAUCUCAGCAACCUCAGCCCAUUAAAAGAUCCUAAUGAUUCCGUCAUGAGAGCGUAUUGGGAGCAAACGUUCUCUUGCAGAUGGAUGGACCAGCAGAAUGAUGCCUGGCUGGUCAAUGGAACCAUGAAAGCAUGUACUGGAAAUGAAAAGCUCGAGAGUCUUAUAAUGGGAAUAGACUAUAGAAUAGCACACACUUUAUAUGUCGCUGGUUAUGCCAUUGCUUGGGCCCUACAAAGUAUGUUUGAUUGUACACCUGGAUAUGGACCAUUCCAUGCUGGCUCUUGUGCUAAUAUUUCUUCAUUUUAUCCUUGGCAACUCCUCCAUUAUGUCAAAAAUGUGGACUUUGUGACCAGUGAUGAAACCAGAGUUUUCUUUGAUGCCAAAGGGAACCCUCCGGCGAUAUAUGACAUUGUAAACUGGCGAUUGAGCGCCAAAGGCUCAAUGGAGAAGGUUACAGUUGGGAGUUAUGACUCGAGCAGCCCUGAUGGGAAACCACUGAAAAUAAAUGUUUCGGAAAUUAUAUGGAUCAACCACACACAGGUCCCUGUAUCUACCUGCAGCCCAAGUUGUCCCUCAGGAUUUAGGAAGCUGAUAGUUCCUGGAAAACCACUUUGCUGCUAUGAGUGUGCCCGAUGUCCCCAGGGUCACAUUUCAAACCAAACAGAUGCUGUGGAAUGUGAUUCAUGUUCUUGGGACACAUGGCCCAAUCUACAACAGGACAGAUGUUUACCAAGAACUGUUGAGUUUCUUACCUAUGAGGAGCCGUUGGGUUACAGCUUAGCAACCAUUACCAGCUUCUCUUCUUUGACGCCCAUUAUUAUACUGGGAAUUUUUAUUUAUUAUAGGAACACUCCAAUAAUCCGAGCUAACAACUAUUCAGUCAGCUGCCUUCUCCUGUUGUCCCUGUUCCUCUGUUUCCUUUGCUCUUUAGGGUUCAUUGGUUACCCACAACCUGCAAAGUGUCUUCUGCGCCAGGUGGCAUUUGGGAUGGUUUUUGCUCUCUGUAUCUCCUGUGUUCUGGCCAAAACCAUCACUGUUGUCAUUGCCUUUAAUGCAACUAAACCAGGCAGCAGGUUAAGAAAGUGGACAGGGGUAAAGGUGCCCUACUGUGUCAUUGUGUUUUGCACCUUGAUUCAGUUAUUUCUUUGUGGGAUGUGGCUGAUAUUGUCUCCUCCCUUCCAUGAGUUUGACACUGACACAAAGCCUGGAGUCAUAAUCGUCAACUGCAAUGAAGGUUCAGGCAUUGCUUUUUGGUGCAUGUUGGGAUAUCUUGGCCUGUUUGCCUCCAUCAGUUUCAUCGUUGCCUUCCUGGCCAGACGUCUCCCUGACAGUUUCAAUGAAGCCAAAUUUAUCACAUUCAGUAUGUUGGCUUUCCUCAGUGUCUGGGUGUCCUUUAUCCCAGCCUAUCUCAGUGCACGGGGGAUGUAUACUGUGGCAAUGGAGGUCUUUGCCAUUCUGUCUUCCAGUUGGGCUGUGGUGGUCUGUAUAUUCUUGCCAAAAUGUUACAUUGUACUAUUCAGACCCAAUCUGAAUUCUAGAGAACAUCUCCUUGGAAAAGGCACAAAAUACUAA